GCGGGCAAAAAUAAGUCGUGACGGUACGCAUGGUUUGUUGUGUAACCUUUGGUGUAGGAUGGGGGUUUGAGAUGUGAACGAACGCCACAGACCCCACUAGUUACCCCACGUCACAAGCAUGCCAAGGCGCUCCAAGCCGCAGCUCAAGAACGGGAAGCCUCGUAUAUCUACAAACACAUGUAGAGCGUCUCCUGCCCGAACGUCCAAAGACCAUCCAUCAUGGACCGGCCGCGCCGUACACCCGGUCUCUCGUCAUUGUCGAGCUCCCGAAUCGCCUCCUCCCAAUAUGCCUCGCACGGCGCCUCCCUACGGAACCAGAGCGAGCAAUCGCUCAGCACCCAGCUGGAGGUGUUCCAGUCGUUACUCCACAACUUCGCCGUCACGCAUGCCAAAGACAUACGAGCGAACCCUGCCUUCCGGGCCGAAUUCGCACGCAUGUGCAGUGCCUUGGGGGUCGACUUUCUCGCAUCGAGCCAUCACCGAGAGAAGGGCAAGGAUGGAGGGAGUGGCAGUAUAUGGGCUCAAAUGCUAGGAAGCUCCGUCAACGACUUCUACUUCAACCUCGGUGUGCUCAUCGUGGAAGAGUGCCGCGCAACUCGGGCUGAGAAUGGCGGGCUGAUAUCUGUAGCUGAGAUUCGUCAACGGAUACAGCGCGGGCGCGGCAUCGGAGGAGGCAUGGAGGUCUCAGACGACGACAUCACAAGAGCUGUGGAGUCGCUUUCGCCUCUUGGAUCGUGCUUCUCCAUCAUGAAGAUUGGGCACAGGAGUCUGAUCAGGAGCGUGCCAAAGGAGCUGAAUACGGACCAGAGCACCGUUCUAGAAGCCAUCCAAGUGCUCGGAUACGUGACCGUGUCGAUGCUGCAGCUCAACCUUUCUUGGGACCGGCCCCGCGCCGUCGCUGUCGUUGAAGACCUGAUGGCAGAUUCUUUGGUUUGGGUGGAUACACAAGCAGGCGAGAACGAAUACUGGAGUCCGGCGUAUAUGAGUGGUCCGGCGACCGGCAAUGGAUGAAAAAGAGCCGCAGCUUGCGUUGUCCAUGCACCGUAUCAGCAUAUUAAACCCCCCAAGAAGCAUGCUUGAAAGGGAGGACCUGGUUCAACGGCAUCUGGUCACAAGCAGGGAGAGGGAG